GUUACCGAUCCAUUCAGGAAGAGGCGGGUCUGAUUAGCCUAGCUUGCUUAGUGUGCUAAAAAUCUUUAUACUGAGGAAAAAAUGGCGUCCGUCAACCCUUUUAAUCUCAGUGAUUCUGAAGAAGAAGCUGAACGGGGACCCAAUGAAACAGUUGACACAGAAAGAAGCCCGAGUGACGGAGCGCCGGGGCCGCCGCCGGGCAAUCCGUUUUCUCCGCCUGCAGACGCCGAACCCCCGACGCUCCUGCUGUCCGGCAACCGUAYGAGCCCCAGCGGUGAGGGCAUCAUCUCCGUGUCGGCCGCGGCUACCUCCUCUGUGGCAGGAGGAGGCAGCGCCGAAACGCGGGUAUCUGUGGAUGUCAUUGCUGCUCAGUUAUUAAGGGACCAAUAUAUCCUCACGGCCCUGGAGUUUCACACUGAACUGCUGGAGGCAGGCAGAGAGCUCCCGAGGCUGAGGGAUUAUUUCUCCAAUCCGGGGAACUUCGAGAGACAGAGCGGCACUCCACCUGCCAAAGACCAGGUACUCGGACCUGGAGGACCACUGAAUCGGGCAGGCAGUAUCAGCACCUUGGACUCUUUGGACUUUGCACGUUACUCGGACGACGGCAACCGGGAAACAGACGAAAGGGUGGCAGUGCUGGAGUUUGAGCUACGGAAAGCAAAGGAGACCAUACAGGCUCUGCGUGCAAACUUGACUCGGGCAGCAGAGAGCGAAGUACCAUCUCAGGAGAGAAAAAACUUCAAAUCAAGUCCUGAAAUCCAGGAGCCCAUACGGCCACUGGAGAAAAGAGCCUUAAACUUUCUUGUGAAUGAAUAUUUAUUAAAAAAUGAAUACAAGCUCUCGUCCAUCACCUUCUCUGAUGAAAACGAUGAUCAGGAUUUUGAGUUGUGGGAUGAUGUUGGCCUCAACAUCCCAAAACCCCCCRACCUGUUGCAGCUCUACAGGAACUGUGGCAGCACCCUGACUUCACCACGGGACAGGGUCGAUGCGUCCGUCGGGGUCGAUUUCGGCGAUCUUCCCGGAAACUGCAUCGUUCAGGGGCAUCCGAAGAAGCCUGACCUGUCGCAACAGCAGCAAACAGAAGUCGUGCAAGAGCUGGAGUACCAGCUGAAUCUCCUCAACAGUGAGAAGCAGAGUUUAGCUGAGCAGAUCAAAAAACUGCAGAGUGAGAUCCAGACUCUUAAAAAAUCCGUCUCCACCUCGCCUCCCACUAAUCUGGACCUGGGCUCACAGAACUCACCUCAUCCCUCCUCCUCCACUACAAAUUCUUUCUCCACUAAUCCUCCUGUGCCUCCUACAGAUAACGGACAGUAUUUAGAUAUCCGAGGGGUCUCAGAAGCUGAAAAUGAUUUUGUCCCCGCCUCCACUCAGAACACAUCACAGCCCCACCUACAGUCCUGCAACAAAGUCACGAGUCAGUCACAAGUCCAGUUUGAUCAACCAAACAGGAAGUUGUCUCCGGCCUUCCAGCAAGCCUUGCUGUCCUUCUGCAGAAUGUGCUCGGACAGCCGCCUUGGAGCAGAGGUGUCUCGUAUAGCGGACAGCGAGGAGAGUGUGAUGCUGAUGCUGGGCCGCUGCCUCCCUCACAUCGUCCCCAACGUCCUCCUGGCUAAACGAGAGAGAAUGGUUGCACAUCUUUGCCAGGAGUUGAUUCCCCUCAUCUUGUGCACAGCAUGCCUUCAUCCAGAGUCGAAAGAGAGGGACCAGCUUCUGCACAUCCUCUUCAAUCUCAUCAAGAGACCAGAUGAUGAGCAGAGACAAAUGAUCUUAACGGGCUGCGUUGCAUUUGCGAGGCACGUGGGUCCCACUCGUGUUGAGGCUGAGCUUCUUCCUCAGUGUUGGGAACAGAUCAACCACAAAUAUCCUGAGAGGAGACUGUUGGUGGCUGAGGCCUGCGGAGCCUUAGCUCCUUACCUGCCUAAGGAGAUUCGUAGCUCCCUGGUGUUGUCCAUGCUGCAGCAGAUGCUUGCUGAGGACAAGGCUGACAUGGUCAGGGAAGCAGUGGUCAAGAGUUUGGGAAUCAUCAUGGGUUACAUUGAUGAYUCUGAUAAGUACUCGCAGGGUUUUGAGUUGAUGCUUCUGUCGCUCGGAGACCCAUCAGAGCGAGUAGUAAAUGCAGUCCACCAAGUCUUCAUCCCUGCCUUUGCUGCCUGGACCACCGAGCUGGGCACCCUGCACACUUCCCUGAUUCCUUCUCUGCUGGCACGGAUAGAAAAACUGCUCAAGCAGGGAGAGCACGGUCUGGAUGAGCACAAGCUGCACAUUUUUCUGUCAGCCCUUCAGUCUCUCAUUCCUCCUUUGUUUGCCGUGGUGCUGCAGAACGCACCUUUCAGCAGUAAAACCAAACUCCAUGGAGACAUACCUGUCAUAGAAGUGACCCGGUUCCCCAGACCAGCUUCUCCCCUGCAGGACUUGGCCACCAUCAUUGGAAACAGAGAGGUGUUAAGCACCUUGCUGCUCCUCUAUGACCACCAGCUGGAACAUGAAGGAACUACGGGCUGGGACAGCCUGCUAUGGGUGGUCAACCAACUACUGCCUCAGCUGAUAGAGAUUGUGGGUCGCAUCAAUGUGACAUCCUCGACAUGUGUUCACGAGUUCUCUCGCUUUUUCUGGAGGUUCUGUCGCACCUUUGGCAAGAUUUUCACUAAUACGAAGGUGAAGCCACAGUUCCAGGAGAUUCUCCGACUAUCUGAGGAGAAUGUCGAUGCUUCAGCGGGGAAUGGUAUUCUCACCAAAGCUACCGUCCCCAUCUAUGCUACUGGAGUGCUGACAUGUUAUAACCAGGAGGAGGAUCGCAAACUGCUGGUGGGUUUCCUGGAGGAUGUUAUGACGACACUGUCUCUGUCACAUGCGCCUCUUGACAGCCUGAAGGCCUCCUUUGUAGAGCUGGGUGCGAACCCAGUGUAUCAUGAGCUGCUGCUCACUGUGCUGUGGUACGGAGUGGUCCACACGUCCGCUCUGGUCCGGUGUACAGCAGCGCGAAUGUUUGAGCUGCUGGUGAAGGGGGUGAAUGAGACGCUGGUAGCUCAGAGAGUGGUUCCGGCUCUCAUCACACUGUCCUCCGACCCUGAAAUAUCAGUAAGAAUCUCCACCAUCCCUGCCUUUGGCACCAUCAUGGAGACGGUCACACAGAAAGAGCUGCUAGAGCGUGUUAAAAUGCAGCUGGCCUCAUUCCUUGAAGACCCCCAGUACCAAGAUCAGCACUCUUUGCACAUGGAGAUCAUAAGAACGUUUGGUCGGGUCGGGCCAAAUGCAGAACCACGCUUCAGAGACGAGUUUGUGCUCCCGCACCUUCACAAGCUUGCGCUGGCUAACAACAGUCAGUCGGUGGAAAGCAAGAGGGUCGACAUCGCCAUCCAUCUGUUUGAGGCCUACAGUGCCCUCUCCUGCUGCUUCAUAUCUGAGGAGGUAAUGGUCAACUAUUUCCUGCCGGGCCUCAGGUGUCUGCACGCCGACAUGGAUCAGCUCUCUCCAGAGCAUGAGGUAAUUCUCAGUUCCAUGAUAAAAGAGUGUGAAAUUAAGGUGGAAAACAGAGGAAUGUCUGACACACAAGGAUCUAUUUCCAUUGCRUCCAGUUUGGUGGGGGAGGAUGCCAAGACCAAGUUCCUAAGCAAGAUGGGUCAGCUGACCACCUCUGGAGCCAUGUUGGCCAAUGUCUUCCAGAGAAAGAAGUAACUGACUGAGCCUUCGUGAUUAACUGACGAGCUUCGGCACGCUUCAGGCGGAUUUCAAAUGUUUGCUGGAGAAAAUACUGRUUCCGCUAAAAGUAGAAGACAAACAAGGGUAUGAUUUAAUCAAACAAAAGAUAGAAUAGCUACAGCAGAGCUACCKGUUAGGAGAAAGGCACAUUAUUUUGUUCAUUUUACAGCAAAAUCCUCCAAAGGUUCCUCUGUUUACUCCUUUUUUUAAAUCCACUUUUUAAUUCUUCGUCGUGACAAAAGCAAAGUCAGGAUCAGUGGAUUUGCUUUUAUGAGACUGCGUUGACAGUUUUCAAUUCAGAAAAAGGAGAAGGUGAAGGGAGGAAACACUAUCGACAUCCACCCCGAACUGAUCAGAAGAGUUUUAACGUGGACGUUUCUUGACAUUUUCUGCACAGAACAGGAAAAAGAAAAGUUGGUUCUUAGCCUGCUGGAUUUUGAGUAGAAUUUUAAUGGGCACAUGUUAGGGUCAGUUGUUUCUCAAACAGUUUGAUUAACCUGAGAGAAAUGCGAGAACUGUCUGGACACUGGCUGAGGAUGACUUGUACAGAUUGUCUGUACGGUUUAGAGAUWUUGCCUACUUGAAACCAUAAACUAUUGUCUUGCCUUUUAUUUCUUUAAGUUUUGUUUCUGUCAUGAUAGUUUCUAUUUCAUUAUUUAUGUCUUAAUGAAGGAAAAGAAAACACUUUAUUCCUACUUCCAAAGAAAUUUGCACUUCACUUUACUGUUUGUUUUGUUUUAUUGUAUUUUUUGUUGUUUUUAUUUAGUCUUAUSCAUACAGAUUACCACUACUUUUCUUUAUUAAUUUUGGCAAGCUGAAGAGAACACUGGUCUUAAUUAUACCUUCUCUGUCUGUUGCAUCUUGUCCAAGUCUUGCAGUGUCUCUGAUUAUUGUAAUGUUUUUUUUCUCUCUAAGCUAGUUCUUUUGUUUUAUGUUUUUGUUCUUUCGAAUAUGCUCCAAGWGACGCAUUAAAUACCUGUGUCAUACACUGACGUGAGCUGGGUGGUACUCGUUAUGUAUAUUUGAAAUUUGUGUCAUGAUGUAAUAAAAGAUGGAGAUCAGUUGUGUACUUUAA